CAACCAAUCAAUACAGUGUUGUCACAUGUACAUCUAUAAUGCUUUCUUCACAUUUUAUGUGUAUAAUGAGCUUAGUUUAUCGUUAAAUUACCCAUGUGUUUUUCAUUCCUACAGCAUUCUUUUAUAUAUCCCUCGUAGAUAACACUCAUUUCGUGUCCAAUUCAUUCAAAUUCUCACACUUUACAACAAUGGAAAAAACUGAAGCUGCACAACCAACAUGGGCUGAACUGCUAGGAAGCAACAACUGGGAAGGGCUCCUUGAGCCCUUAAACCUCAGCCUUCGGAAAUUCAUCCUUCGAUGUGGCGAUUUCUGUCAAGCCACAUACGAUGCCUUCAAUGAUGACCAAAAUUCCAAGUACUGUGGUUACUCAAGGUAUGGAAAGAACACUUUCUUCCAGAAAGUUAUGCUGGAAUCGGCAUCCAAUUUCCAAAUCUACAGCUUUCUCUAUGCCGCGGCCCAGGUUAGUGAAGGCGAAGCUCUCCUAUUUCACUCAAAAUCACGUGAAUCAUGGGACAGGGAAUCCAAUUGGAUUGGCUAUAUUGCCAUCACCACCGAUGAAGUUAGUCAACAAUUAGGCCGCCGUGAAGCUUACGUUGUAUGGCGCGGUACAAAACGAGCUUAUGAAUGGCUAGACGAUUUACAUCCAACUCCGGAGUCCUUUGAACAAUCGUUACAACCCAUAGCUUUUCUAGACAGCUAUAAAGAUGAUGAGAACGUGCCAAAAGUCAUGGAAGGUUGGCUGACAAUCUAUGUUUCUACUGAUCCCAAUUCACCUUUCACAAAACAAAGUGCAAGAACUCAGCUUUUGGCAAAGAUUAAAGAAAUUAGGAACCAGUAUAAGAGUGAGAAUCUGAGCAUAAUAGUCACAGGUCACAGCCUUGGUGCAAGUCUAUCUACUUUAUCUGCAUUUGAUCUUGUUCAAAAUGGAGUUACUGAUAUUCCUGUAUCUGCCAUUGUUUUUUGCUGUCCAAAAGUGGGAAACAAAGCUUUCAACGAUAGAUUGAAUCAAUUCUCGAAUCUGAAAGUUUUACACAUCAGGAAUAAGAUUGAUCUUAUACCCCAGUACCCAAUGUUUUUGGGAUAUUCACACACAGGUAUCGAGCUACAAAUUGACACUAGAAAAUCCCCGAGCUUAAAGGACUCGAAACAACCUUUUGACUGGCAUAAUUUGGAGGCUAAUUUACACGUGGUGGCGGGUUGGAAUGGAGCUGAUGGAGAAUUUGAAUUGAAGGUGAAGCGGAGCUUGGCUUUGGUCAACAAGUGUUGUGGCGCUCUCAAGGAUGAGUAUUUUAUUCCAGAAUCAUGGUGGAUUGAGAAGAAUAAAGGAAUGGUUCUUAAUAAUAAUGGAGAUUGGAUUUUGGCAGAACCAUCAGACGAGGACCAACCUGUGCCUGAAUUCUGAUUCUUACAUUCCAUCUACAAUUUGCGACAUGAGUCAUAUUCAAUCUAUUACGCCAUUCUAUCUGUAAUAAAAAUAAAGAUGUAGCACAAUCAUUUUUCGUACCUCUUUGUAUGAUUCUAGUAAAAUUUCAUAUGUACCAGGUUUGAUUAUGUAAUGUUUUCAAGUUUGCUAUUUCUUUUAGGUAAACUAGUUUGAGAUAAAUAAGAAACGUACAGUUUAUGCAA